AUGUCCACUCGGGCUCUGCGGAGGCUGAAGGGGAAGCAGCGGGGCCAGGAGACACUUGGGCCCGGGGACAUGACAGCAGAGCACGGCUUUGAGGAGCCCGCUGAAGAGGACUCAGACUCGGCCAGUGCUCCCUCUCUGUCCAACAGCCGCCGAAAAGCAAAGAACAAGGCUCAGAAGAAUUUCAGCAACAUUUAUGAAGUGAUAUGCGAUGAAGACAUUGAAGCAGAGAAAAUCGCACCUGAUGAAAACAAUGUUUCUGAAAACACAGAUGAACUCACUAAAAACCAGCAGAGGAAAGAGUUUUGUCAUGAAGCCCCAGCAUCAAAGUCCGGAGAUAAAGCAAAGAAAAAGAGGAAAAAGAAAAAGAAUAAAGCCUCAUCUGAAAAUGGACAGGACACGGCAGCAGAUGCAAACAUUGAUUUGAUAUUGGAAAACUUGGAACAUUCUCAUAGUCAUAGUUUGCAAAGUGACAGUUACGGAGGCCCAGACCGAAGAACUGUGCUUCACGUUGAACACAGGAAUCUCAACCCAGAAACUGAGCUGAAGAGAUAUUUCGGGGCAAGAGCUGUUCUCGGAGACCAAAGACCACGGCAGAGAAACAGACACUUUCACCGAAGCACAUGGAUGACCAGUCCCAAAGACAGUUGGCCCCGCUUUAGCCGCUCUGGAAUUUCCAUGUCCUUGCUCCUGUCAAAAGACAACAUUCACUAUUUAACUUUUGAGCACAACCGUGAAUACCAACAAGUCCAGUUCAAGUUUUUGGAUGCAGUAGAGUCUAUGGACCCAAACAACAUUGUGGCUCUGCUUCAGCUGAACCCCUACCACAUCGACUCUUUACUGCAGCUUUCAGAUGUUUGCCGGAUACAAGAGGAUCAGGAGAUGGCCCGAGACCUUAUAGAGAGGGCGUUGUACAGCUUCGAAUGUGCUUUUCAUCCUCUGUUCAGUUUGACCUCAGGAACGAGCAGACUGGAUUAUCUCAGACCAGAGAACAGAGCGUUUUAUUUGGCCCUCUAUAAGCACAUGAUGUUUUUGGAGAAGAGGGGAUGCCCACGGACAGCAUUGGAAUAUUGCAAAUUAAUCCUAAGUUUGGAUCCAGACUCUGAUCCUUUGUGCAUGCUGCUGCUCAUUGAUUUCCUUAUGCUGCGGUCGAGAGAAUACCAGUGUCUCGUCCAGUUGUUCCAUGACUGGGAGGAGCACCGGAAUCUAUCUCAGCUGCCAAAUUUUGCAUUUUCUAUUGCCCUUUGCCAUUUCCAAUUGAGCCAACAGGAAGAUAUGGACCCGGAUGAAAGUGACAAACUCAGGCGUGAAGCAGACCUGAGGCUGCAAGAUGCACUCAUAAUGUUUCCUGGAGUCCUGAUGCCGUUGUUGGAUCUCUGUACGGUGCAGCCGGACACCACAGUGACCUCACAUGCUUUCUUUGGCUCAAGGACUCAAAUAGGGCAACCACAAGCUUUGGCUGAACUGACAGCACUAUUUGUCGGACGAAGUUUCACCCUUUGGAAAGAGGCUGGAGUGAUGCAGUGGCUGGAAACCAAUGUUCAAAUAGUUCUUCAUCGAGUAGAUGUCAAAGACCCUUUGGUGGAAGAUUACCAAAACAAGAGGAAGCAGAGAUACCAGAGUGCACCAAGGAACAUCCAUCGACAUGUUCUCCUUUCAGAAGUAAAGGGGGCAUCGUCCAGUCUGCCUCUUGAGGUGACCACUCAACCAGUGAUGGGUUUUGAUCCUUUACCACCUUUAGAUUCCAUUAUAUCAUACACACGACCCGAGAGACUGCAUGCUGGAGCAUCUAAUGAGAGCACUUUGUCCCUAUUCUUUCGGUCGUUGUUGCCCAAUUUCAAUCUUCAAGAUGGACAGAGACAAGGUGAUGAUCAGGAAGUAGCUCGGGCAGGACAAGAACUGAACCAGGAAGUGAAUCGCCUGAUGGUAGCAAUGAGAGACAUGUUGCUUAACAUACGAUUUCAAGAGCCUCCGAGGGAAGAUAACCCCGACAGGGAUGACGAGGAGUGGGACUGA